AAAUGAGCAACCGUCGAUUGAGAAAAAGAGAAGGCGAGAGCUCUUCCCACUGAUCGCGCCAUCGAUCCCCAUUCUUAACUGUAGCGUUUCGGUCGGCACGCAAUGGGGUCUCGGCCGGCAUCCUUGCUGCUGCUGAUAACGCUCCUGGCGACGUCGUUCCGGCCCACCGCCGCCGGGCACGACUACUCCGAUGCCCUCCGGAAGAGCAUCCUCUUCUUCGAGGGCCAGCGCUCCGGCAAACUCCCCCCGGACCAGCGCCUCUCCUGGCGGCGCGACUCCGCCUUCCACGACGGUGCCGCCGCUGGGGUGGACUUAACAGGCGGGUACUACGACGCGGGGGACAACGUCAAGUUCGGCUUCCCGAUGGCCUUCACGGCGACGCUGAUGGCGUGGAGCAUAAUAGACUUCGGCAAGAACAUGGGGCCCCAGCUGACGGAGGCCGUCAAGGCCGUCAAGUGGGCGACGGACUACCUCCUGAAGGCGACGGCCGUCCCCAACGUCGUCUACGUCCAGGUGGGCGACGCCUUCCGCGACCACUCCUGCUGGGAGCGGCCCGAGGACAUGGACACCCCCCGGACCGUCUACAAGGUCGACCGGGACCACCCCGGCUCCGACGUCGCCGGCGAGACUGCCGCCGCCCUCGCCGCCGCCUCCAUCGUCUUCCGCGACCACGAUCCCGCCUACUCCCGCCGCCUCCUCGACCGCGCCGUCUCCGUGUUCGAGUUUGCGGACACGUACAGGGGGGCGUACAGUAGCAGCCUACACGACGCGGUGUGCCCCUUCUACUGCGACUUCAAUGGCUAUGAGGACGAGUUGCUGUGGGGGGCGGCGUGGCUCCACAAGGCGUCGCGGAAGCGGGAGUAUCGAGAGUACAUCAAAAGGAACGAGGUGGUGCUGCGCGCCGGCGACACCAUUGACGAGUUCGGCUGGGAUAACAAACACGCCGGUAUUAAUGUCCUAAUCUCCAAGCAAGUUUUGAUGGGGAAGGAUGAUUACUUGCAAUCGUUUAAGCUGAAUGCGGAUAGUUUUAUCUGCUCCCUCCUCCCGGGAGUUUCUGGCCACCCUCAAAUCCAGUAUUCCCCAGGUGGACUGCUGUUUAAGGCGGGUGGAAGCAACAUGCAGCAUGUGACUUCCCUCUCCUUCCUGCUCCUGGCUUAUUCUAAUUACCUCAGUCAUGCCAAUGGGCAUGUGACAUGUGGCACCAAGUCUGCCACGCCAGCCCAGCUAAAGGGAGUGGCCAAGCGCCAGGUGGAUUACAUACUGGGGGAUAAUCCAUUGGGGAUGUCGUACAGUGGGGUACGGGGAGAAGUACCCGCGGCGGAUCCACCACCGGCGAGCUCGCUGCCGUCGGUGAGGGCCCACCCGGCGAAGAUCGGGUGCAAGGACGGGACGAAAUACUACCUGAGCCCGGCGCCGAACCCGAACGUGCUGGUGGGGGCGGUGGUGGGGGGUCCCACCAACUUCUCCGACGCCUUCCCGGACGCUCGCCCGGCCUUCCAGCAGUCGGAGCCCACCACCUACAUCAACGCCCCCCUCCUCGGCCUCCUCGCCUACUUCUCCGCCCACCCUCUUCGAUAACUAGAUAGAUCCAAGACAAUAUAUCAUAAACAUGCUUUCAUUGUGAUUUGUUGUAGCAUUCUGUCUUCUUUUUUUUUUAUUCAAAAGGUGAUUCGUUUAUUGAACCAUGUAUAGAUGAUUUCGUUUAUCAGUUUAUAGCACAUAUUUUUUUUCUUUUC